AUGAGCAGCGGGCUGGUGCUGCGCACCCCACUGCCCGAGGACGCCUCGGUGUUCACGCCGCUGAAGCCUGUCAGCAUGUCGGGGGAACCUAGUGAAGACACCCCUGUCUUUGAGGACAUCAAGCCCCCCAUCCGGCCCCUGGAGAACCCGCCUGACCUGGCGCAGGCACGCUCUGAAAUGGAUAAGUACCUCUCAAAUGAGGUGCCCCCCAUGCCAAUGAUGCCAGACAAGAAGUACCGCCGGGAGAGUGCCUCUGUGGUGGAUGAGUUCUUCUCCACGGAGAAGCCCAAUUCCACGCCCUACAGUGUCAACAUCAACGUGAUCCUGCCGGACACGACACAUCUGCGCACGGGACUGUACCGGCCCCCCAAACCUAUGGCACCAUUCCCACAGAUCAAAACUGAGCCUGGCACCAGCUUCGCCCAGCCCUGCUCAUCGGCCUCCGGCUCCACGCAGACCCUCCCUGACUUCACCAGUGUCUUCAGCAUGCCCCAGUCAGUGGCAGUGAACAACAUCUUCAUCAAGCAGGAGAUGCCCUCUGAGAUCCCCUUAUCUGCCAACCCACAGCAAUCCCAGCUUUACCAGCUGCCUCUGGGCAAUGGCAGUGCUGACAUUCCCACUCUGACAUCCUCCUCCAGCAGCACCACAGCCAUCAACUGUCUCAGUGGUGUCACCAUGUCCACAGGCAGCACCAUGUCUGGUGUGGUCCACAGACCUGUCCAGUCAGGAGGGCCACUUAAGCAGUACCCACAUGUCUCCCAGGGACAGGGAAGUUUCAACAUGUCUGGGCAGUUCUACCCUGCUCCAGGGGUGAACCUGCCCCCUUCACCUCCCAACUCGCAGCCUGGCAGCCCAGAAAAUCAACCUGAGCUCAUCAACACCAUCUCUCCCCCACCAUCCUAUGAAGCCACUUUUGGACUGAAGUUGGUCCAGUCAUCCCAGGUCCCCCCAGUCCCCAAUGGUGUUGGGACCCUCUCCCAGGGGCACAUUGUCAUGCAGCCUCCCAAAUACAACAGACGCAACAACCCUGAGCUGGAGAAAAGGAGAAUCCAUCACUGUGACUACCCAGGUUGCUCAAAAGUUUAUACCAAGAGCUCCCACCUGAAGGCACAUCAGAGGACUCACACAGGUGAGAAGCCCUACAAAUGCACCUGGGAAGGCUGUGACUGGCGUUUCGCCCGCUCCGACGAGCUCACCCGGCACUAUCGGAAGCACACGGGUGCCAAACCCUUCAAGUGCCUCACCUGCGGCCGCUGCUUCUCCCGCUCUGACCAUCUGGCUCUCCACAUGAAGCGGCACCAGAACUAG